AUGAACCAUUAUAUGUCUACACCUAACAGUGUGCAAGAAGCCUUAACUGAUCCAAGAUGGAAAGCUGCGAUGAAUGAAGAGAUGGCCUCCUUGCAGAAGAACCAAACUUGGGAGCUCGUUGACCGUCCUACAGGAAAAAAACCAAUUGGAUGUCGAUGGAUAUUUACCAUGAAAUACAAAGUUGAUGGUAUGAUCAAACGUUUUAAGGCGAGAUUGGUGACAAAAAAAUAUGCUCAAACUUAUGGAAUUGACUACACCGAGACAUUUGCACCUGUAGCCAAAAUUAACACAGUCUGGGUCUUGUUAUCCUUAGCUGCAAAUUUUGAUUGGCCCUUACAAUAG